AUGUUAAAAUUUUUAAUAGCUAUUUUAGUGAUUUUCUCAUUACUUUCAAAUUUAAAUGCAGUAAAUGGGAAAGAUAUUACCUGUUUCGUAGAUUGUAUUAAUAAAGAACCAAAUUUUUAUAAAGAUUGUCCAAAAGGAGCAUUAUUAAAUCCAAAAUGUAGAGCAGUUUUAAAAAAUUGUAAAGAUGAAUGCAAUUAUAAAAAUAAUUAA